UCCAAUGCCAGCCGUUCUCUCGUCAAACGCCGGAAGUAUUUAUGCGAAUAUAUAUUCAGUUCGUCGCUGAAGGAGAACAAUGAGAGGACGGCAUUCAUUCACGUGCCAGAAGUUCGCGACGACUGUCCACUCGAAGACAUCGCAACUUCUCUUCAGUACACAAUUCAGACCAUAAUUAAUGAAGUGUUGGAAACAAAACAAAUGCUCUAAUGAUAUGUAAAUAUUAUUGCAUUUUAUGUUUUUUGAUAUUAUAAACAAAAAUUAUAUUAUAAUUUACAAUAAGUAACAGAUCUUUAAAUUUGAAAAAUA